CUUCUCCGGGGGUGAAAGGUUAGCGGAAGUGCCGGCUCUUCCUUUCUGCUGUAGGCCGGAGUGGUUGCUGUCGAAAUGGGCAAGUUCAUGAAACCCGGGAAGGUGGUGCUGGUCCUGGCCGGACGCUACUCGGGACGCAAAGCGGUCAUCGUGAAGAACAUUGAUGACGGCACCUCAGACCGCCCCUACAGCCAUGCCUUGGUGGCUGGGAUUGACCGCUAUCCCCGCAAAGUGACAGCUGCCAUGGGCAAGAAGAAAAUCGCCAAAAGGUCCAAGAUCAAGUCUUUCGUGAAAGUUUAUAACUAUAAUCACCUUAUGCCCACAAGGUACUCCGUGGACAUCCCCUUGGACAAAACCAUCCUCAACAAGGAUGUCUUCAGAGACCCAGCUCUUAAACGCAAAGCUCGGAGAGAGGCCAAGGUCAAGUUCGAGGAGAGAUACAAGACGGGCAAGAACAAAUGGUUCUUCCAGAAGCUCCGGUUUUAAAUGUUUCAAUCAUUAAAAAGUCAAAUCAA